CAAGAUAUUGCGUCACAUCCGGUUAAUGGCGGCGGGAACGCAACUCUGACAGGAAUAUUAGCUCUGGUGGCUAACUAAUAAAGCGUUUCAUUUUAGAUUAGAAGUCGGAUAUAAAGAGCGCUUUGCCUCAUGACUUGCGGGAACAAGCCGUUGUGGUGCAGCAGAGCUGAGUGUAGAGUGAAGCUCGCGCGCUCUCAGCAGCCCCGGGACUUUUAACAUCGAUCAUAAAGGGUUAUUACAAUAGAAAGCUUUAACAAUAAAAAAAGCUAAAAGGUAACCGUGUGCGCGUGCGCAGUGUGAGCAGUGAUGAUUCGGCCCCUGUUCGGUGGGGCCAUGUCCGCUGUCCUGCCCCUGAACACCAAAGACAUCAGUGAGUUGAGGGAGAUUCCUGAUAAUCAGGAGGUUUUUACUCACACAAACACAGAUCAGAGCAUCAUCAUAGAGCUGCUUGAGUAUCAGAGUCAUGUAGAGGAUUCACAGGCUGCAAGGUAUCACUUUGCAGAUAUAGCAGGCAGUAAUCAGGCGGUGGAGGUGGGGCAGAUGGAAGUGAUGGAGGUGCAGUGUGUCCCUCAGGAUCAGCUCUCUCUCAGCCAGUGCAGCUCCGCCUGGAUCCUCACCGGAACUCAGCUGGUCUCCAAAUUCAAUGAGGAGGUAAAAAAUACAGUGAAUAUCCACCUGUGUUUAUUCCGUCUGCCACAGUACACCACUGACAUCCUGAUUACCUUCAAUGACCCCGUUAGCAUCAGUCCUCUCAGCAUUAGCAGUGGUGCGGUUUCUGAUGGUGUUUGGACAGUGCAGGACUUUCACACACUUGUCCAGUCUUUCCGGCUGCUCAACCCUGAAGUGUUUGGAUAACACACACACACACACCUCUGAAAUAAAUGUGUUGUCUCCUUCA